AUGGACUUAUCUCAUCGAAGUUUUCAGUUGCGUUUGCACGCUUUCCAACUGAUACCUCAAGUUCAAAAUGAUAACUGUGAUAUCGCAAGAUUGCUUGGCAGUCUGUGUUACGGAAUAUGUGGACAGUUAUUUCGUGUAUGGGAAGAAGAUGCCUUCGUGUCGAUUGAUUCAUUAGUGAUCAUUGCCAACUGGACAUUUAAGUUGAAUGCAUUUCUCGGAUAUACUGAAAUAAAACUUCUAGAGAUCAUUAUUUGUCUGAUUCAAUCGAAAAAACUAACAAAGAAUGAGCAAUGUGCUCUCAUAAAUUCUAUACGACGUAUAGGCACAGAAGGCAAACAACACUUUCUCACUUACUUUAUUCAACGUGUAGCUCUCAAUACUUCGGUCCAACAAUCUGGUCAAUUCAGUUUUACGACAUUUUCUGCCAUUCGUUUAUUGAUUCAAUGCGGAGCAGAUGUUAAUGCCCUUUCUAAUCAUUGGAGAAGAAUAAAUCGACCACUACAUAUCAUUGCCAAAUGUUCAAAUAUUCUUGAAGCAAAGCCUGUCAUCGAAUUACUUCUUGCCUGUGGCGCACAUCCUGAUGCUGUUGACCAUCGGGGUGUGCAGCCGAAGGAUGAAGCAGAAGUACGCGACGUGAAAGAAUUACUUUCAACUAGUCGACAUCUUUCUCUCAAAUGUCGAUGUGCUCAACUAAUUGUUUCACAAGAGAUCAAUUAUAAACAUUAUUUCUAUCCAAAACUCGUUGAAUUCAUUGAAUUACAUCGAAAAUCAGACUCACCUUGGACACGAGAUGAUUUAUGGUAG